AUGGGAUCGGUUUCUUUGGCGCGAAUCCUUGCGCUGUUGCUUGGUCUAUUAACAUUCACGUGCAGCGAGUGGCUGGUUUCGGCAAACGUAAACUUUUAUAACUCGAACGAUGAGCAGUUGUACGUCACGCCAGACGAUUGUAAGGCGAACGAAUACUUUGACCUGUUUGCAAUGAAGUGUGUCCUGUGCGACGAUGGACUACAUCUGGUGCCGGCUAGGGAUAAAUUGGCCUGCAUGUGCAACGAACAGUCCGUGCCACUACGUGACCAUGAAAGUACCCUUCAGCGUCCGGUUUGUCAAAACGUGAGCGAGUUCUUCGCUCAGUUCGUGGCGGCCGAGCGCUUUAAUACGGUGAACUUUUGCAAAACCACCCAAAUCGGCAUCGUCAAUACGACAAAAUCAUCGAGGACCGUUUACCAGCGACGCCGCACGUUCCCUCCCGGCAGCGAGCGCAGCGUGUGCGAGUGCGACCUAAAGGCCAACACCCUGUACGUUGAGCCGGAUGUGCGGCUCCAGCACGGUGCCGGGGACUCGCGCGGUGCCCAUAACUUCUGCCUGCCGCAUGUUUUACUGCGCGACGUGCAGAACUAUCCGCUGUUCAGUCCGAGCCGGCAUCUGCACCAAGGCCGGCAGAACGUGAACGUGUACAAAAAUAUCAAGUAUCUAAUAGUGUUUUGUCAUGUGAUGCGAAGCCCGCGGCACUGCCAGCAGUUGGCAAAUUUGUGUGUCCUCAGCUUCUACAGCCUGGACCGGUACUCGCCCUGUGCCAUUUUCUAUGCCUAUCAAACGUACGACGUUACUGGGAUGGGGGCUGGCGGGGCUAGCAUUCCUGGAGUGGUCAGCGCAAGCCAGAACUAUCUGGCGGGCGACGGAGGGCCGGGUGGUGGUGUCAUGCCCAAAACGGCACUCGAUGUCGUUCGUCCUGGGCUAUUCUAUCGGCGCGGGAAGUACGUCAGCGAGUUGCUGGAGAAGUAUCUGGACUUUGAGUAUGAUAGCAGUGAGAUUAAUCAGGUGAAUAGCACACUCAAUCUCACCCUUGUGAGCUACGAUUUGGCCGGACAUUUGCGACAAUUUCGCGAGCUACGUUUUGCCGAUCUGAAUCUAUGCGAACGUUACGAUGCCAGCCAGGAGCAGCGUAUCCGGUUCGGCCAGCGCUACCACCGGAAGUGUCGGCUAAACGUGAACCGGCUGGUGGACGAUUUUCGUGACUUAGAGUUCAUUUCACUGUACGUCAACUAUUACGAGCAACGGGUGCGUCUAAUGCGCCCUGUUCCGGUGCACAUUCGAGGUGCGUUCAGCCAGAACAGCGACCCAGAACCGGACAGGUGGCAGCUGGUUAAACGGUUUCUGCUAGUUGAUCCCGUUUCCGGUUCGAACGAGCUGCAAAGGCCAAAGCUGUACGGGGAAGUUGAUGUAAAGAGCCAACUUUUCUUCGUAAGAUACGUGAAGAAGGUGCACUUGGAGUUUAAGCUCCAUCCGGACCAUGGCAAGUAUCCGAACCGGAUCUCCAUUCCACUCGUACGAUUGGAGUAUGGGCUGCUCAACACUUCCGAGGCCCGAUUUUCGUUCUACGGAAACACCGUGGAGUUUGAGUUUAACAUUUCGUUCACUAAGGCAUACAGCUACACGUCGUUGCUUGAGAUUCUUCUUCCAAUCUUCACAUUGCUUGCGUUUUCUGUGACCAUUUUUCAAACGUACUGCUACAAGCUGCGCCAGAACAAGCUGUACUACGACAUGGAGGUCUUUUGGAACUUUUUCAUCUACCUUGGCUCGUACCUUGGCACGGCUUUCCUAAUUGUACUGGCCAUCGUAGUGCUGCACGUAUUCUUCACCUAUAAAACGCAGACCACGAUUCACCUGUUGCUUCCAGUGGAGGUCCAGAAUGUCGUAGAGGUUUUCAUCUACGUGGGAUUGGCGUUUAAAUUACUUAAAUUAUUGCGAGUGUUUUGUUACAUGGGAAAUGUAGACAUUUUCUUCAUCGACUGGGAAAGACCGAAGAUAUUCGAUAUUGGUACCGUGGGCCAAAGGAUGCACCAGUUGGAUACGCCGUCGAUUGCAUCUAGUACAAAUACACGUCCGACGUCCCAUGAUAGCGUUUCCGCAUGGAGAAAUUAUUUCAUUGCCAACGAAUGGCAAGAGUUGGCUACUAAACGGAAGAUAUCCAUGUUUGCCCACAUCUUGUUGCUUGCCAUUCUCUUUGUGGUGUGUGGUUUUGAGAAUUGGUCUUCCAAUGCAUUUCACCUGCAUCUACACCGUAGCAAAGAGGCACUGGGGCCGCCAGACAAAAUGCUCCUGCUUGCGGUCGGCAUACUGAUCUACACAUCGGUCUACGCCGCUCAGCGGCUGUACAAGUUUUUGAUCCACGACCGAUUCAUAGAAAAUGCCAUCCAGCAGUUUAUCGAUGUGGCGUCGAUUGCAAACAUAUCGGUGUUCAUACUGAGUAUGGAGUCGUACGGGUACUAUAUUCACGGUCGGUCGCCUCACGGUUUCUCCGACACGGACAUGUGCUCAAUGAUCAUGCAGUUUAAGCGGGAAGAGGAAAACCUGUGCGGAAACCGGGGCUUGCUACCGGGCUCGGAACAGCAAACGUACUCCAUCCUGGUGCCAAAGAAUCUUCGGUUGUUCUACGAUAAACUGAUCACUCCGCUACGCAAUUCUUCCUCACUCGGGCCACACCAGCAUCUGAAUCAACCGCGACUGAUUGGGAGUGCGAAAAUGAGUACGAACGAAGUGUUUACCAGCCCAGGUGGUGGACGGUUGGAGUACAACUUCGAACGCACCAUCCUAACGUACUACAACGUGAACCGGUUCUUCGCUGCAUUCGUUGACCAUGCAUUGAAAGAUCUGGACUACAUCAUCCAAGAGCGAACUAUUUUGGAGAAUAUUUUGAACUGCGAAUUCCAAAACUUUGUUACCGAUAAUAAAGGCGUGUUUUACAUUGAUAACGGCCACUCGUUCGACCAGAUUCUUUUCUACGGCAAUGAAGGUGUAUUCUUCCAGGUCGAACUGCUGCUUUUCUGCUGUGUUUUGUUGCUGACCGGCAGUUAUCUGCUAGCCGCGAUCGUGAUUGGAAUCCUCUACAAGUGUUUCGAAGUAGUUAUGAAUUCGGUGUUGAAAAAUAACCUUGCCAAGAAAACGCUCAUCGACAAGCGGUUUUUGAUUUAA